CAAGAUUUUGGUGCUCAUUUGCUGCCGCGGAUAAGAGACCGCCGGUCUUCUUUGUCUCUCCGCCGCAAGGUGUCAUACUACAGCCUGCCUUGAGCUUACUGCAACACUUCCUCCUUCACGUGGUGCUAGUGGUGGCAUAGCAAUGGUAGUAGCUGCUGGGACAUUAGGCAAUGAUAAGUAGCAAGAUGUGUAUAUUAGGUGAUGGUGGAGUUUGCUACAUUCCAUUGGCCAUGAUUUUGUAGUUUUGAUGGUGAUGGCAAUAAUGUCAAUCUUGAGUCUCUUUUGGGAAAGUUGUUUGUAGUUGAUCAGUGGACACGAUUAAAAAGUUCAAUUCCAAAGGCACAAGAUCCUUUUCAAAACAAAAAAGCACAAGAUUCCAUCAGAAAAUAGCCCAGUGAUAUUAAUUCUGAGUUAGAUACUUCUGUUUAGUGGAAGCUAAGUUGCCUUUUCUCUUUUCACUUUUUAAGUUUUUGCUAGCUGAUAAGGCUUUCAAGAAAAUGCAGAAGAUGCAGUUUCCAAUGUCCUAUGGUGCCAGUGGUUAAUGGUAUGAGUUAUCUUGUCUAUACAAAGAUGUAAGAGGCAAUGACCAUGGUUGGAGUACAUUAUGCAUGUGUACUGUCUAAGUAAUUUCUCCAUGUUAAUGCUGUCCAUGUACCACCAUGGGCACACAUUUCUUUUGUAUGAUUUUGUUUUAUUUAAUGGAUAGGUACCUAAGGAGCAGCCCAUGUCUGAUUAAAGGGAUGGUGAAGUUUUCAGCAUAUUCUUUAAUAUGUUCAUUUACUCCUUUUCAUUCUAUUAUCCAGAAAAAACAUUGCCGAUUUUCAUUACGUACAUGUUACAAGUACUCGACUAAGUCUGCAAGCCUGUUUACUUGUGCUCAAGUAGAACAGAUACAUGCAAAAGCAAUGACGAUUUCUGGGCGGUAUCCUCCGCCUUUGUUUAGUGUCGCUCCAAUGAUGGAUUGGACAGAUAACCAUUAUAGGACUCUUGCACGUCUCAUAUCAAAGCAUGCAUGGCUUUAUACAGAGAUGCUCGCAGCUGAAACCAUUGUUUAUCAAGAGGGAAAUUUGGACAGAUUCUUGGCAUAUUCUCCAGAACAACAUCCUAUUGUUCUUCAAAUUGGUGGGAGCAAUUUGGAAAACCUGGCAAAAGCAACUCAACUUGCUAAUACUUAUGGCUAUGAUGAGAUUAAUUUCAAUUGUGGAUGCCCUAGUCCGAGAGUAGCUGGGCAUGGAUGCUUUGGUGUUCGCCUUAUGCUUGAUCCAAAGUUCGUCGGAGAGGCUAUGUCAGUAAUUGCUGCCAAUACGGAUGUUCCUGUCAGUGUCAAAUGCCGAAUUGGUGUUGAUAAUCAUGAUUCAUAUAAUGAAUUAUGUGAUUUCAUCUACAAAGUUUCUUCUCUAUCUCCAACUAGGCAUUUCAUUAUACACUCUCGGAAGGCACUCCUCAAUGGCAUCAGCCCAGCUGAUAAUCGAAAAAUCCCACCCUUAAAAUACGAGUAUUUCUAUGGGCUUUUGCGUGACUUUCCAGAUUUGAAGUUCACAAUAAAUGGAGGCAUAAAUUCUGUUGUUGAGGUAAAUGCAGCACUGAGGGAGGGAGCAUAUGGUGUUAUGAUUGGACGUGCUGCUUAUAAUAACCCUUGGCAGACCUUGGGACUUGUUGAUACAGCAAUUUAUGGUUGCCCAAGUACUGGCAUUACACGUCGGCAGAUUCUGGAACAGUAUCAAGAAUAUGGGGACUCUGUUUUGGGAAUACAUGGAAAUAAUAGACCUAAUGUUCGUGAUGUGGCAAAGCCUUUGCUCAACUUUUUUCAUUCCGAACCUGGAAACAGUCUGUGGAAGCGCAAAGCUGAUGCUGCUUUCCUGAAGUGCACGACAAUCAAAUCCUUUUUCGAGGAAACCCUUCCAGCAAUACCUGAUUCUGUCUUGGAUUCACCGAUUGUGGGAGAGCCAUCAGGUCGUGAAGAUCUUUUUGCUGAUAUACAUUCUUUACUGCCACCUCCGUACAAAACACAAGAAAAAGAGAUCCUAUACGCAUAGAAUUCUGUCAGGAUACAAUGAUAUGCCCAGUUUUCAUUAAUAAUUUUGGUUCCACAGUUCUCAUUGUAUUACGUCUAUAGAAAUUUCUGAUUGCCUGUAACAUGUGCCAAAUUCAUUUCUGGAAAAAUUCCAAACUCAUCAGACACUUUAGAAUCAGAUUCUUAGACAAACUCAGAACUCCAUGUCAAGUGUGCAUUGAAGCCUAUGAUAUUACCAGUUUAAUCAGAUGUCUUUAUUAGGCAGCUGUUAAAUUUUACUUCGCCCCCAUUUUUCUUCAAUUAUCUGCAUUGGCCUCUGAUUCCUGGUUAGGUUGAAACUGAAUUUCUUGGGAUGAUAAUUGUAAUUGUUAUAGUAUCUAAAUUGGUAGAUACUUGAAACUUCU